UGCGAUGGAAGUAUGCGCUGGAUGGUACUUGGCACCCGUGAGAAGAUGUAAGAUGGUACGCAACUCUCUCUGCAGACCACAGCCUGCUUCUAAGUUCUUGGAUAAGAACAACACGUCUUGCACUUUCUUUCUUUUUUCUUUCAUACUGUGACUUCUUCGGUUUCCUCACAUUCAUCCCUGUCGUUUAUUGUUCACCACUCCAUCUUUCUUCACUUCUUGAUACUAUCCUACCCAAUCCCGUCAGCAAUGCAUACCUAUCCCACUCCGAUCUCGCUGCAACCCCGCGAAACCCCUCUUCCCGUUGCUGCCCGACAGGAAGAGACAGGCUUCCAUGUCAUAACUCAGACGAUCUAUCGACCGAGCUCAACUUUCGUCACAUACGUUACACUAGGGAGCGGGCCACCAACAUCAUACUCCGAUGGCAACCCGGCCGAUUCGCCUCCGGCCGCUGCUCCGACCGCGGACUCACCACCUCCGGACCGGUCAAGCGGAUCACUAUCAAGCGCACAGAUAGGUGGAAUUCUGGGUGGUAUCGUGGCCUUCGUCGCCAUUUUACUCAUCGCUUGGUUCUGUAUUUCUCAGAAUAAGAGAAGGCCAGGACCACCACCGGACUGGAACUCCUUGUACGGCGACUAUGACUCUUCCUCUGAAAGUGGAGUUACCGGGUCCCGUGGGCCUGGGACACUGAGGACACCUCCGCGGGCCCAAGCCGGGGGCCCACGAAUUCCUCACAUUCCGGGGCCACAAGGACCACCGCCCCCACCUAUUCAUAUCAAUCGUUACGACGCAUGGAAACCCAAGUUCAAUGGACCAGCUCGCCGUCAGCAACCCCCGCCGCCUCAGCGCUAUCGGACAUGGUUUGCUUAAACAGUUAACUGUGAUCAAAAUGUGGUCUUGGAUGCGGCUAAUUAUCAAGUCCGCCAUAAUGCGGAUUAUGGAACUUUUCCAUUAUUGUUUCGACAUACACACCCAAGGAGGAGGCUAUUGGAUGUCCAAGGCACGAGCGGAAGUGAUUUGCGAGGAUAACACACUGCGUUCAGAUCUCGGGGGUAGAGGCAAGACAUCAGAGAUAUGAUCGACGACGACCGGUUGGCCUUUACACAUGCAGCAUUUGAUACCCCUCCGCCAGCAGCGGAUUUCAUUUGUAUGAUGCUUAUUUAGUCUGUUUAAUUUGGGAGUCCCCUAAUGACUGAAGCUUGUCUACCUUUCUAUAAUUGACUUCAAGUUAAAG